AUGUCUUCAAAUACUUCUGGCAAUGAGAAGCCUGGUGAAGGAAUCCGUUCAAUGCGCUCUACUAACGCAUUUCGUGUUAUCAACUUUGAAUUAUACGCGAAACCCAAUAUCGUGAUAAUGAGCAUUGGUGUGACAUGUUUUGGACUCGCGUUGGGAUAUAUUGCAUACAUGAGACAGAAAUAUGAAUCCAUGGGUUACUAUGCUGCAGUCGAUAAAGAUGGAAAGGAAAUAUUUGAAAAAAAGAAAUCCAAAUGGGAUUGA